AUGCGGCGUCCACUGAUCCAAACCUGGCAUCUUCCUUGUCGGUAUCAUUCUUCCUUCUCCUUGGGCAAAUUUAGCAAAAUACCAAGGCCGACCCAACCCUCGAUAACCGUUCAAUUCGAUGGCCAAACUGUUCACACACUCAGCAAAUCGACACGACAAGUCAAACCCGAUAGCUUCCGCCCUGUAACUCUAUGGUCUAUUCCCAGCUUAUUCUUUCGACACUCCCGUCGCUUUACUUCCACCAAGUCGUCGUCCCCUACACCCCAAACGUUCUCUGCACGAAUGCGCAAGCUUUCUCGAGAAUACGGAUGGUCUGCACUGGGUGUGUAUUUAUUUUUAUCAGCACUAGAUUUCCCAUUUUGCUUUGCAGCUGUCAGGCUAUUGGGCGUUGAGCGCAUCGGCCACUAUGAACAUGUCGUCGUUGAGUCGGCCAAGAAUGCCGUUGGACCACUCUGGGGCCGCAAGGCGAGCAAUUCCGAGCCUCCUGAAUCGGGACAUGUAGCGAUAACAACGGGAUUCGAGACCACCGCAUUGGAUCAUGGCAUUACUCCACCCGAAAACAAAGUGACAGGGGAGGGAGCUAGUAUCUGGACACAGCUUGCUCUAGCAUAUGCGGUGCAUAAGAGCCUUAUUUUCUUUCGGGUUCCACUUACCGCUGCGGUCACACCUCAUGUUGUCAAAACAUUAAGGCGAUGGGGGUGGAAUAUUGGAAGGCAGAAGCCAAAAGGUUAG